AUGGGACAGGAGAACCAAAUGUACAGUUCAGGGAUGAACAUCAGCCCAGCGAUGGCACCGACGUCUCCGGGGCUGAGUGGCAGUCCACCGCUGUCCUCUCUGUCCCCUAAGAAGACCACCUUUCAGUCUCUGGGAUCUCUGUCGUCAGGAGUGUUCUCGCCCUCGCUGGGUAAGGGCUCCUCUCAUGUGGCGAGGCAGGCCUCCUUCGACUCACCCACCCCGUCCAUCAUGAGCUCCCCAAAGCUCUGGCAGAAAGCGUCCGUCUCCAGGCUCGCAGAGGAGUUCUUCUGGAUCGGAGGGAGUGUGGUGGCGCAGCCCAAAUGGAGGCUGGGUCAGAUAGUGGAGAGGUGUAUGUGCACCAUGCAGACCGGCACCCAGAUGAGCAAAAUGAAGGGGAAGAAGAAAGGACUGGUCCGAUUCUUUUACCUCGACGAACACAAGUCCUGCAUCCGGUGGCGGCCCUCCAGGAAGCACGACAAAGCCAAAAUAACCAUCGACUCCAUCCAUGAGGUGUGUGAAGGCAAGAAGUCUGAGAUGUUCCGGCACUAUGCAGACAACCGCUUCGACCCAAACUGCUGCUUCAGCAUUUACUACGGGGAGCGAGUGAAGUCCCUGGACCUGGUGACCACCAACGCAGAGGAGGCCCGGACCUGGAUCACCGGCCUCAAGUACCUCAUGGCUGGCAUUAGUGACGAAGACAGUCUGGCCCGAAGGCAGCGCACUCGUGAUCAGUGGUUACAGCAGACUUUCUCUGAGGCCGACAAAAACGGCGACGGCACGCUGAGCAUCGGAGAGGUUCACCAGCUGCUCCACAAACUCAACGUGAACCUACCCAAGCAGAAAGUCAGGGAGAUGUUUCAAGAGGCAGACACGGACGAGAACCAGGGCUCUCUGGGCUUUGAGGAAUUCUGCUCCUUCUACAAGAUGAUUUCCACGCGCAGAGACCUCUACCUGAUCCUCAUCUCCUACAGCAAUCAGAAAGAAGUCAUGGAUCUGCACGACCUUGCACGCUUCCUGGAAAAUGAACAGAAGAUGCGCGGCCUGACCAGAGAGCAUCUCGUCGACAUCGUGGCCAAGUUUGAGCCGUGUCCUGAGAACCUGCAGCGCAUGGUGCUGGGCAUCGAUGGGUUUACCAACUACAUGCGGAGUCCUGCAGGCGACAUCUUCAACCCCGACCACAACCAGGUGAACCAGGACAUGACGCAGCCUCUGAGUAACUACUUCAUCUCCACAUCACACAACACCUACCUGACAGGAGACCAGCUGCUGUCUCAGUCCAGAGUGGAAAUGUACGCCUACGUCCUGCAGGCAGGCUGUCGCUGUGUGGAGGUGGACUGCUGGGACGGACCAGAUGGAGAGCCCAUCAUCCAUCACGGCUACACCCUCACGUCCAAAAUUCUCUUCAAGGAUGUCGUCGAAACGAUCAACAAAUAUGCCUUCACAAAGUCACCGUACCCGGUGAUCUUGUCCAUAGAGAACCACUGCACUGUGCCUCAGCAGAAGAAGAUGGCUGAGUAUCUGAAAGAGGUGCUGCAGGACAAACUGGACCUGACCAACGUCAACGUGCACGAAUGCAAGAAGCUGCCGUCCCCGGAGAUCCUGAAGGGGAAAGUUUUAGUCAAGGGAAAGAAGCUGCCGGCAAACAUUGAACCUGACGCAGAGGAAGCUCAUCUAAAAAGGAAAACCAUGAGGCUGUCCCGAGCUCUGUCCGACCUGGUCAAAUACACAAAGUCUGUCCGCGUGCACGACAUAGAAACACAAGCACAUACAAACAGCUGGCAGGUAUCGUCCCUCAAUGAGACCGUGAUGAACCAGAUCUUGCAGCUGAAACCAGGUGAGCUGGUCCGUUUCAACCAGCGCCAGCUCCUCAGAGUCUACCCGUCCAACUACAGGGUGGACUCCAGCAACUUCAACCCACAGCCAUAUUGGAAUGCAGGAUGCCAUAUGGUUGCGAUGAACUACCAGACAGAAGGUCGCAUGCUUGAACUGAACCGAGCCAAGUUCUCAAGCAACGGAAACUGUGGAUACAUCCUCAAGCCGAAGUGCAUGUGUAAAACUGCCUUUAACCCUGCGUUGGAGGAUCCUCUACCGGGACACAGAAAAACUCAGUUAGUGCUGAAGAUCAUCAGCGGACAGCAGCUUCCUAAACCCAAAGACUCCAUGUUCGGGGACAGAGGAGAGAUUAUCGACCCCUUUGUUGAAGUUGAAAUCAUCGGCCUGCCUGUUGACUGCUCCAAGCAGCAGACCAGAGUGGUGGACGAUAACGGUUUCAACCCAAUGUGGGAGGAAACGCUGGUCUUCAGCAUUCAGAUGCCGCAGAUCGCCCUGGUGCGGUUCCAGGUGUGGGAUCACGACCCUAUUGGACGAGACUUCAUCGGACAGAGGACUGUGGCGUUCAGAAGCAUGAUGCCAGGUUAUCGACAUGUCUACCUGGAGGGAAUGGCGGCGUCGUCCAUCUUUGUUCACGUUGCUAUCAAUGACAUAACAGGAAAGAUCAAACCUUCAAAUGCUGUGCAAGCAGCCAAGAAGCACAUCCAGAAAGCAGCCCAGAAGCACAUGAAGGGCCCACCAAGGCAACCUUCUCUGGACUCCUCCGUCCAGUCCUCAGAGGACGGACGCGCUCUGUUCUUUCGCAAGGAUCUGGACACCCUCUCCCAGGACAGCAGGAAUGGGGAUUGGUUUCCUAUGGUCCAAGGGCCAGCAGCCAAGGCUGCCUUCCACAAAGGGGCGAUGAGUGAGCCGCUGAGGCGAGCCCACAGAGUUAAAAUUCAUGAACCACCAGAGACAAGGAGAGGGAUCUUCAGCCGGAUGUCUUCCACUGACUCCCACCACGCUGGGGCUGCUCCCUGCGUGAUCAUGGAGAACUUUGACCUGGAGACCCUUUCCCAGCAUUCUAAUCCCGAUGAUCCUGCUCCUUACAGCCAAAACCCACUGAUUCAAGAGGAGCUGGAGAGUGAAUUACCGGAGUCCAACUGUGAGGAGCAGCAGACAGUUCACAAAUCUGAACCGGAGCAGCCUGAACCAUCUGAGAAGUUACCACCAGAACCAGAACCAGAACCAGAGCCAGACAAAAAUGUUGCCUCUGAACCUGAGCAACUGCCAGAAACUCAGAGCCAAACGGACUCCCCCCCUCAGCCUCAGCCUCAGCCUCAGCCUCAGCCGGUGCCACAGCGUGAAGCCAAACCCCUUCCACUGAUUCCUCCAUCAUCUCCUGCCAGGGUCAGACGGACCCUGGAGGCUCCCGCCAGCCCCCGACCAUCCACCCCAAUCCGGACAAAGGCCCGCUCCCGCAGUUGCCCUCGAAAACAGACUACCUCUGCUCACACGCCGAUGGUGAGCCGCAGGCCCACUGUCCACUGGCAGGCCCAGCGAGCGCAGAGCUAUGGCAGCUACAGCAACCAGGUGAGGCGGAUCCCCAACGGCCUCUGCCUGUCGGACAGCGCGUCCAGCAGCAGCACCGACAGCCUGGAGUUCGUACCGUCCUGCGUGCCAGGCGAGGCGGAGCGAAGCGAAGGCACCCUGCAGAGGGAGAUGAAGGCUCUUUUUGACCAGAAGAUGAGAGAGAUCCGCUGCAAGUCACCGCUUUUUCUAGACAGUGAGCCUCAGUAG